AGCUGCAUUCAUGUGACCAGCUCACGUGCUCUCACACAUAAAUAUGAGCGGAGGACCGUUUCUCAAUCACACUGUUGAUUAGUCCCGUGUAGAGACAGGAGGGGGAAACUGGAGCUGAAGAUUUAAAGUUCACACCAACAGCUGACAAACAAGCCUCAGUCAAAAUGUGGCGUGCAGCCCUCCUGUUAUUGGCUGCCAGCUUGUCAGUGAGCCUGGCCAGACCCCACCUCAAACCACUGUCCGGUGACAUGGUCAACUACAUCAAUAAGCUCAACACUACCUGGAGGGCUGGUCACAACUUCAAUAAUGUCGACUACAGUUACGUCCAGAAACUCUGCGGCACGAUGCUGAAGGGACCCAAACUGCCAGUCUUGGUUCAGUAUUCUGGAGACAUGAAGCUGCCUAAAAACUUUGACUCAAGAGAGCAGUGGCCCAACUGUCCCACUCUGAAGGAGAUCAGAGACCAGGGCUCCUGUGGAUCCUGCUGGGCGUUUGGUGCUGCAGAGGCCAUCUCUGACCGUUUGUGUAUCCACAGCAAUGGCAAAGUCAGUGUGGAGAUCUCCUCUGAGGAUCUGCUGACCUGCUGUGACAGCUGUGGCAUGGGAUGUAACGGUGGCUACCCUUCAGCUGCCUGGGACUUCUGGACUAAUGCGGGACUGGUCUCUGGUGGUCUCUAUGACUCUCACAUUGGUUGUCGGCCCUACACCAUACCUCCCUGUGAACAUCAUGUGAAUGGCACCAGACCCCCCUGCACUGGGGAGGGUGGAGACACACCCCAAUGCGUCCUGCAGUGUGAACCUGGAUACACACCUAGCUACAAAGCAGACAAGCACUAUGGUAAAACGUCCUACAGUGUGCUGUCAGAUGAGGAGCAGAUCCAGAGUGAGAUAUACAAGAACGGUCCAGUAGAGGGAGCCUUCACCGUCUAUGAAGACUUCUUGCUGUACAAGACUGGUGUGUAUCAGCACAUGACUGGGUCUGCUGUUGGUGGCCAUGCCAUCAAGGUCCUGGGCUGGGGUGAGGAGGGUGGUGUUCCCUACUGGCUCUGUGCCAACUCCUGGAACACUGACUGGGGUGAUAACGGUUUCUUUAAGAUCCUGCGUGGAUCAGAUCACUGUGGUAUUGAGUCUGAGAUUGUGGCAGGGAUUCCCAAAUAAGCUCAAAGGUUUUGAGCUGCGGUGACAAUUACAUAAUCACUAGAGGGCGACACACUCAACUUGCCUGCUCAAGAACUCAUUUAACAGCUUUUAGUCAUUUUUUGUUCCAGCCCACUGAUCAUGUUGCACACAUGGUGUGUGGUUUUCUUUUGACAGCAGACAGAAAAAACUCAAGAGCACCCUUCACCUCAUUUAGGUGUAUUAGCAGAUAGUAUGUCUGAGCACAAAUCACCGUGGUUGGUUGAAGGUGUUUUUUUUUUUUUGGUGAAUGAUCUGUUGCAAGGUCUUGUUCCUUCACCUCUUAAAGCGGGGUCAAUCAAAAGGUUGCACAGGAGGAAAAAAAAUGUUUUUAAGACAUGCAUGCGCAUUUCAUUUUAUCUGAGUUGAUUUGAAGCAAACUGUCACUGCUGAAUUUCAUUUGGUCCCCUGUCCUCACCUCCCUUUUCUGCACUGGUGGAAAGUGUGGGCCUUGUUUUUAGUAAUACAGCCCAUUAUUGAAAGACAUUGAAAGACUCUGCCCAGUGCAGCACAGGACAGUUUGUCUGAAUGUGUCUAAUUUUUAAUGGUCACAGCUUUCAUAUUUGAUGUUUUCAUUAUUGCUCAGUGCCACUCUAUGAUGUCAGGAUGUACUCAUUGUAAUUGUUGUCUGUUAGUGUUUUUCAAUUUCGAGUGUCAGAUUAGAAAUGAAGGUUUUUUUAAAUUUGUUAUGACUGUCUGCCUGUAUUAAUCAAAAUACUGACUGCAGCUUUUAUGUUCUGAAUAAAUAAAAUAGUAUUUGGUUCCCAA